AGACAUAGGUUACCUUACAAGACCGUUAUGGGAUAAAAAACCUAAACCAUGGAACGUUAUUAAACAUUAUUAUGCAAGUGGUAUUCCAUCAAAAGAACUUUGUAAAUUACAUAAUUGGACACCUAGAGAUGUAUAUCCAAAAGUCUUCGACGCAAUAAUUUUUAGUAUAGAAUUAGAUUUAUUAGAAAUACGAUUAAAAGAAUUGUGGGACGUAGUUGACAACUUCAUAAUUUUAGAAUCAAAUAGAACAUUCACUGGAAAAAAAAAAGAAUUAUAUUUUGCUAAAAAUAGGAAUAAAUUUUCCUGGGCAAAAUCAAAAAUCAUUUAUAAGUAUUAUAAUGAUUUAAAUGACUUAGAAAUUGGUGAAAGUCCUUUCGAAAAUGAAGGCAAGUUACGGGAUUAUAUGAAUAUCAUUAUUAAUGAGAUAGGCGUAAAACCUGGUGAUAUUAUAAUAAAUUCUGAUGUAGAUGAAAUACCUUAUAAUCACACGAUUGAUCUUUUACGUACUUGUGAAGGUUUUCCUAAUGAAUUACAUUUGGAGAUGCGAGGAUAUAUUUACUCUUUCGAAUUCUUUACGGGCUUUGAUAAUUGGCGUGCAAACAUAAAGAUUCAUGGUUCAGAACGUAGCUAUUAUCACCAUGGCCGAUAUUCUGAUGAUAUAUUAUCAGACGCUGGGUGGCAUUGCACCUUUUGUUUUCGUAAUAUCUCAGAUUUUAAAUUUAAAAUGACGUCUUACUCACAUAAUGACAGAGUAACUAGCCAAGAUCUAUUAGAUGAUGAUGCCAUUCAAGACAAAAUUUGUCAAGGUAAAGAUAUAUAUGCAAUGUUCCCUGAAGCGUAUACAUUCAAGGAGUUAUUUAGUAAACUAGGUGAUGUAUCAAAAAGCAAUUCAAUGGUUGGGUUACCUAAAUACUUAUUGGAAAAUAAGGAUAAAUUUCCUUUUUUGUUGCCUGGAGGAUGCAUUCGUGAAUCUGGAAAUAAACAUUGA